AUGGACCACUGGGGCUUGCAGGAGCUCCGAGCCAACCUGAAUGACGUGCCUGUUUUGUUCCUGCCGAAAUGCGUGCUGGAACUAAUCUGCAAGGGGCAAUGGCCGACAAUUGUUCUUCAUGCUGACGGUAACCAUCGAAGCGCACGUAAUGUCAACUUGGAGGCUUUGAAGUUUCUCAGGACAGCCAUGUCCUGGCCUUCCAUGGAAGACUUCAUGAAGAUCUGCAGACAAAUCGGUGCUACUGCAACUGCUCAGUUUUCUUCUUUCAUGUUGACAGAGCAGAGGGCUCAGGUUUUGCUAGACCACGUGCGGGCGCACGCAGCAACCAAUUUUCAGCAUCUGGAGCAGGGAGAAAAUCAGGCUGUGCAGGAAGCCGUCCAGGCUUUGCAGAUCUUUGUCGAUGGAUUUGCGAAGACAGGCCCGGAGGCACGUGCCUCUAACGCGAAGAAAACUGCUGAAGAGCUGAUCGCUUCCGUGAGUGCUGCGCAGUCUGUUCGUAACCGGAGCAAGAUGAUAGAGCUGCAGGAAUCUCUACUAACGAAGUUCACGCCAGCUGAGCUGACAGAUGCAGUUCGCCAAGUUGUCACGAAGCCCUCCAGUGGAAGCUCAGUAUCCAAGAACCAAGUCAAGGUUGAUGCUGCCUACGCUUUGUGUGUUCGCGAAGAGCUCAGGAAGGAUUCUGGGCCCAUUUUCGUUUGGGCCGACUCCAGUCCGCAGGCAGGCUCUGACUAUCUCCUCUCGUGCUACGUGACCAUAAGCAGGGAUAGUGUGGUACAGUGCUGGGACCAUUUUGAGCAGCUUGUUGCGUCAGUGGAAGAUUUUCAAAUUGCUGUCAGUGAGAAAGAGCCAGAGCUCUUGCUAGAAUGCGUAGCAGUUCGAUCUGCGUCGGGCAGGUUUUUGGUCAAGAAUAUGAAGAAACACUGUCAAAUGCCAAUGUCGCUAGGUAGCGGAUGCACGAAUGUUGAAGACAAAGGUAAGGCUAUGGCUGUGAAGUUUCACCGCGAAACGGGGGACGUCGUGCUGCUCUCAGAUGUCUGUCAACGUGUUGCCAGCUUUACGACCGAUAUGGGCACCGAGCUUGGUGUGCCUGAUCUUGCAGGGGGAAAUGUUCAAGCAUACCUGCCAGACUACAUGAGGUCGGGUCUUGUGCCAGAGCUUGAUGGCAUGGAGGGUCUCUUCGCAGAAAUGCCACCUGUCAUUGCGCCGCAUCUUUUCCCACGUGCUCUUGUUGUCCCCGGUUUAGAUCACAUUGCGCACAACUUGCAAGAAGACUUGGAUAAGCACCUUCGGUCAUGGUCUUCCUGGCUUCCCGGAUUCAAGGGGCUUUGCCUUCUGCUCAGCAAAAAGCACCUUCUGAAGAGGCUCAUCGCGACGUGCAUUGAAGGCACCCCACUCUCAUCAUUGAAAGGAAUCUUUGAGAGCACGGUGCCCUCAAUUGCGAAAUGGAGAUGGGGCACGAUAUGCAAAACUCUGCCAGCUGUGCUUUCGGUUUUCAAGCCUUUAAAACUCGUGUGGAACGCUGAGAAGUUUCAGAAACAAAAUCGUUCUGGGGGUGAUCCUCUUGAAGAUAGCGCCGAUCAGGCAGAACAGGAGGAAGAUGAAGAUAUGAAGGUCCUGAAAGUGGGUGACAUUACUUCUGCUUUGAGGAGUGAUUUUUGGUUGGCGUAUGCACACAUGCUGCUAAGUUUGCACGAAAUUGGAAAUCGAAUAUCCAGUUGGGCUUCUGGUUGCCCUUGCCAUGGCUGGCUGCAGGCAAAACCGAAUGCUGGCCCUGGUGUUGAGAACCAUUGGGAUGUUUACUUGCGUGAAAUUGUCCGUGCACGUGGCCUGCCUCUUCAGGAAGAUGGGGCAGCUUUCUCCUGCCCCAUGGCCGGCAAAAGGGCGCCGGAGUUGGCCAGCGGAUGCUUGACUGAGAUUUUAAACUCGACUGCCGAUGCCAAGAAGCCUGAUGUUCUGAUAGCAGCUGCUGGACUGGGCAGGGAGAUGCACGACAGCGUCAUCACGGAUUUUCAGACUGGCGUGGAUUUCAUUUCUUUGACUGUCAGUAUCAAAUUGGGGUUUUGGAAAGACUUCCCUUGGAGGCUUUGCUCUUUGAUGGUUCCUGGAAUCAGCGCUGAACAGAGGGCACAGAAGGCCCAAGAAAUCCUAUCAGCUUUUGAAAGUCUUCCGCAGCACCAAGAAGCCCAUCAUCGAAUUACAUGGCAUUUCAUGCAGCCGCAGUCAGCUUUGCGCGAGCAGCUGGAGAAGCUUGCAUCGUGCACGCACACUCUUAAAGAUCUUCCAGAGCUGCAGUAUGAAUUGUGUGUGCUUGGUUUCAUGCCGGUGGUGGAGCGUGUCGUGGAAGGGCAGCACUCUUUGGUUCAUCGUCACACAGGUUAUCGUCAGGUCAGCGGGGCCUAUGUAUCUCUUAGUCUCCGUAUGAAUCAAAUCAACGACUUUAUGGCCACAGAGGCGGGUGAGCAAUUGAUGAUCAACAUGUUCGACAAAAUCAGAAAGCCCAAGCUGCUUGCAAAGACCUUCAAAUUCGAUGAGCACCCAGAGUGGCUAGCUGCUCUCAGCAAGGGGAAGCAGGGCCAGCCUCGCCUCGGAAGGAUCGCUGUAGCCAUCAUGUACAUGAACGACAUCGCUUUGCAGUUCCUGAAGCUAACCUCUGUCCGCAAGCAAAACAAACAACAUCGCAAGCAAGAGGAAAAAGAACGACAGAAGUUGCAAAGGCAGGCACGCCCAGUCGAGCCAGUUUCGGAAGAGGUGGUCUUGAGACGACUUUUCGCAGCUCACGUUGCCAGCUCGUUGGUUCCAGGAGAGUUCUACUCAAUGCCAGCCAGUGUGUUCCAAGCAUCAGUCUCAUCCCUGAAUUCUGCGAUGCAAUUUGCUCCAGCCCCUGCGCAUGCCAUCGAAAACAACGAAGAAGCACUCUUGAAAGAUGCUGAGGUGGCUGUGCAGCCUCCAGGUAGCGAUUGUCGCCAAGACAUUUUCUUCAAGGUCUUGUCGACCAGAUCAGGCUUUCUCAGGACUGUGCGUCGUGCCCCUGCCAGUCAGCGUCGGUUGAACAGGAAUGACAUUGCUUUAACAUUCCACAAAGCUGUGCCAGGGCAGAGCAAUCCGGAAGCUUGCGUGGUGCAAUCAGAGCCAGUCAUGUGUUCAGCAGGGGGUAACGCAGUUCACGUUCUUAGCUCUGUUGGUAUGGAUGCCGACAAGAUGGAAGACAUGUUGCGAUGGCAGCCAGGCGACCAGGACUGUGUCAUGACCUUGCCGAACUAUUCAGGUACCAUGGAUGCCAGACUGUUGGGACAGCUUGUUUCUCACAAGGCCUUUGUUGGCCAGCCCACGCGCAUGCCUGAGGCUUCUGUGCCAGCAAACAUGCGAGCCACAUUGCAGGACAUGCAGCACGAUGGCUGGGUAGUGUCUGAUUCUCAGGGUUGGCAACUGACUAGAGAUGCUCUGGCCAAGCUGUCUUUAUCUUAUUGCCUCGAAAACCCGAAGGCGUUUCAUGACCAGCCUGCACAUGUGCCCGCGUUGGAGGACCAAACGCCUUAUCAACUUUGCGCAGCCUUGAAGACCCAGGGGUGGCAGUGGAAACUUUUCAAAGCAGACAUCUCACCUCCGUACGUUUUGGGCGGAGACCGUGUGUGGUACAGUCAGGGCACCCUUGUCUCGAAGGAUUAUAUGCUCUGUUUGCUUCGAUCUGAGUCUGUCCUUCAGGAAGGACAGCGUGUUCACCAUGGGCAGAAAGCAGCCUACUACCGAACGUUGCUCCAAGGCCAGUACGCCCACGCUGAAGGCAUGUUGUGCAUCAAGAACAAGCAAGAACCUCGCGUGGCCAUUGAAGACGCUUGCCCGGCAAGAAGCUUAGAAUCUCUAGGUGACAUGAUGCCAGAAGAUGACUUGCUUUGGCAGUCCCUUGCGCUGAACGAAGAACCGACUCUGCCAACUCAGCCAGUGCCCAAAGCAAAACAGCCGGCGAAAGCCAAGCCACAGCCCAAAGCCAAUGUGUCACGCAAGAGGCAACGUCGAGGGUCAGGUGCCACCGACAAGGAUGACUCAGAUGCGAGCUCGGCUUCUCCGAAUUCUUUCGCAGACCUUUGGGAUGUAAUUUCGGAAAAGGCCUCCAGCGGUCUUCCAGAUGAUGUACAAGACUAUACUCUCCAAGCCUGCCAAGCCCUGUUCCUGAGAACACUGCAGAUGCCAGAGGCCCCAUGGACAUUGCUUCAGGUGAGAGUCGGCGAUUGGAUGAGCAAGCUGGACCAGGGCAUGUAG